AUGAUUGAGACGCUCAGACAUGGAAAACUGCAACCCACUCAAGAAGAGUACAAGGCCCUGGAAGCUGCAAGUCUAAAACUUGCUAAAAGUGCAACAAACUUUUCCGAAGAGGUGCAAGCGUUAGGAAAGAGACGGACGGAAACCGUGUAUAUGGAAGGACGGAAGCUGCUGUCCACGGCAGAAUCUACCCGACACGGCCUCAUUACCAGUAGCAGGUUGAAAAAUCGAGCGACAUUCAUCAGAAAUAUCCAACUGCUUUUCGGCGGCCCUAAGGAAUCGAAACUUGAUUCUGCCGCCAUCAAGGCAAGAAAAAGGCUGACUCGUGAGCGCUGCGAGCAAAUCCGUAGCCUAGGAACAGAUGGGAUGACUUUAUGGGCAGCUGCAUUUGCCCCUAGUCAGUGGGAAGCAAACUUGUUGCCUAAGCCCACCUUCGAGUAUGUUCUCGAAUUCCUCGAGUUGCAAGGAACACAGCUAUGGCCCAGCGAAAUCUACGACAUUUUAACUUCAUUGGGGGAGGAAGAACCGCUUCAAAAUUCGCCUAAAUUCCAAGAGUAUUUGAAUGCAGUUGACACUCCAUCCAACCAACAGGGAAAACUAGCUCCAGAGAGAAAGCGUAGACGCGUCGAAGGUGUUCAUCCUUCAGAUGACCAGAGUAGAGGGGCAAGCAGGUCGGAUCUGGCGGCUGAGAUACCAAAACACAGACAUACUCUGAAGCACCGAUAA